AUGGAGCCGACACUAACUCACUGGAAUGAAGGACAGACAAUUGCGAAAUCGAAAAUAACAAGCCGCGUGAGUUAAAACGACUUAAAUGCAAACUUAUUCAACUUUUUCAUUUAAAUAUUGAAUUUCAUGUUUCCAGGCUUCAGUCCGGAUUCUGGAGAGGUAUCCGAUCGAGGAGAGCGAUGUGAAUUCGCUUUUCGACGCGGAAGAAAUGGCGGGCGGAGAUCCGGAAGCUCUUUACAACUUGGUGAGCAAGAAAUUCUCGAAAGAGAAACAUUGUUCACUCGAUUACAGAGCCGACUUCUUUUGAAACUCUGGAAGUUUGUCAUUUUCUUCCAACCGAAGCCCGAAGCUCUUAUCGAUCUUCUCCGAGGGGCAAACUACCCGGACGCCGUGGUAAAAGGGAUUCUGGACGCCUAUUCGUCGAACGCCUUCUCCGCCGUCUCCGAAUCGCUCGCUUCGUGCUCUUUUUCGGGAAUUCCACGUGUCUUCUCAACCGAUUGGACGUCUCGGACGAUCGUCGCACGCAAUAAUCAAUCGUCGUCCGACCGAGAAGCCGUGCUGACGUUAACCACCAAUCAGGGAGCUCGGGAAGUAGUGCUCAGUCAGCAGGAGCUGGAAAAGUUGUACUGGGCAGUCAACAAAGUGCAAGCCUCGUUGGACGACCUUUUGGAGAGCUGA